UAGACAGCGAGCAUCAUUUUUAAAUCGUACAAUGUGUCGUUCUUCAAAGGUAAAAUAAGUAUUUCGGACGUGAAUGCAGUAUCGAAUUGAUAUUACGUCACGGGAUUAAAAUAAAUGCGGUAUUGUAAAAUCAAAACGUAUAUUUGCUCCUCUUCGAGUGUUGCGAUGAUGAUACGAUGACGAUGAGUAAAUUACACUUUUAAUUCUAUACAAGUUAUGUAUAAUCACAUAGGAGGCAAAUAUAUAAGUUGCACUUGCAAUACAGUAACAGGAAUAAUCAUAUGAGAAAAGGUUAUGCUUAACUCUGAGUAAAACCACGUGACUGUACUAUUACAUAUUUCUUCCUGCACACAGCUGAUCAAAAGGAAUCUAUAGCUAUGGAAUACAAAAACUUAUUGUCGAUAAAUAUAGGAACCAUUUCAACGCACGUUUUAUAAACAGAAGCUAAUUGAAAAUAUACAUUGCACAGUGUUAAUAGAUUUAAUACAUUCGACUGAUGUAUUAUUCAUUUGAAAAGUGUCAUAACCUGGGGCGGCCGAGGAUGAUCGACGAGUCUUAAUGACUCUUCAUUUUGUGAAUAACUUAGUUCAUAAGUCGCUUGAAACAUGACACUGAUCUGGAGAUUAUGCGUGAGAAAUUUUGCUUUUCAAAAAGUGAAGUUCUCUAAAUCGUCCAUCGCCCGUAGACAAUUAUUUUACACGUGUUCAUCGCCGUCGAUCAGGAUCAAUGGGAAGAACAGCGUAUUCACGAUUCUGAGAUGUCACGGGACGAGUGCCGUAGAAGCCAAGAGUUUAAACGCUUCUGUACGAAUUGCUGCGAAGCGGAAAAGAACGUCAGAAUUGAAAAGCCUGAUCGCGUUAGCCGUUCCAGAGAAGUGGAGACUGUCCGGCGCGAUCACUUUUCUGAUUAUUUCGUCCGCGGUGACGAUGGCAGUGCCGUUCUGUUUAGGAAAAUUGAUAGACACCAUUUACACGACCGAUAAGAAGGACGUGGAAAAGGAUUUGAAUCGACUAUGUGUCAUUCUGUUCGGAGUAUUCCUCGUCGGAGGCUUGUGCAACUUUGCCAGAGUGUAUCUGAUGUCCACCACUGGACACAAGAUCACGCAAUCUCUAAGAAAAAAACUAUACGCUGCCAUCCUUCGUCAAGAGACAGCAAUGUUCGAUAAGUGCAAUACAGGAGAAUUUGUUGGCAGAUUAUCUGGAGACACGCAACUCGUCAGUCACGCGUUGACCAGUAACAUAUCUGAUGGAUUGCGAUCUGCCUUCAUGAGCAUCUGCGGGGUAUCAAUGAUGUUUUACACCUCCCCUAAAUUGGCGAUACUCGGUUUAGGGAUAGUGCCCCCGGUGGCUGGCUUGGCCAUAAUAUGCGGUCGUUUCUUGAAACAGAUCUCCAGAGACAUACAAGACAAUCUAGCAGCGUUGAACACGAUAGCCGAAGAGAAGAUAAGCAACAUAAGAACGGUGAAGGCAUUCGCCAAAGAAACGACCGAAGCGAAUUACUACAAUUCCCGGUCGGACAAGGUGCUUGAAGCUUGUACCAAGGAGAGUUUACUCAGAGGAAUGUUCUUCGGGUUAACCGGAUUCUCCGGGAACGUUAUCAUACUUUCGAUUUUGUAUUACGGCGGAGGCAUGGUCUCCGAUUCUUCUCUAACAGUUGGGAACUUGAGCGCGUUCCUAAUGUACGCCGCGUACGUGGGCAUCUCGUUGAACGGAUUGUCCUCGUUUUAUAGCGAGUUGAACAAAGCGUUGGGCGCGAACACGCGGUUAGUCGAGUUGCUCGAAAGAGAGUCGAUGAUAUCGACGCAGGGUGGUAAAAUCCUGGAUAAGCCGCUGUCAGGUGAUAUUCAGUUUCAGAACGUCAGUUUCGCUUAUCCUAGCAGAGAGAGUACAUGGGUUUUGAAAAAUUUCAGUUUAAGUAUACCGAAGUGUAUGGUAGUCGCUAUCGUCGGAGCGUCAGGUUCCGGAAAAUCUACGGUAGCCUGGCUCUUAUUGAGACUCUACGAUCCCAAUUUGGGAACCAUACUUUUAGACGAUCAUGACCUUAAGUCUCUUGACCCAGUAUGGGUGAAAUCGCAGAUCAGCGUCGUUUCUCAGGAACCGGUGCUCUUCAGCGGCACGAUAAGAGAGAACAUAUUGUACGGCGUCGAGGAUUCGGUGAAGUACGACGUGGAGAAAGUCGCGAGCAGCGCCCACGUCCUGGAGUUCACGCGGAACAUGCCGGACGGUCUAGACACCGUCGUGGGUGAACGGGGCAUCACUCUUAGCGGUGGACAGAGGCAGAGAGUCGCUAUUGCCAGAGCUCUGAUAAAGGAGCCUAAAAUUCUGAUCUUGGACGAGGCCACGAGCGCAUUGGAUGCCGAGAGCGAACACUACGUGCAAGAGGCUUUAGAGAAAGCUGUUCAGGGACGGACCGUUUUGACCAUAGCUCACAGAUUGAGCACGAUUAAAAACGCGGACAGGAUCGUGGUUUUAAACCAGGGCCAAGUAACGGAAACUGGGACGUACAAGGAACUCAUGGGCCUGAAGGACAGCUACUUCAAUAAGCUGGUUCAACACCAAACGUUCACGUAGAUUUUGCUGUUACGCUAAUUGUUGCUUGCUGUAUAAUAAAACUGUGUGUGCAUAUAUGUACAUAUUGGUAAAUGCUUCAACGGACCAAACUAACGCGACAGAGGCGUAUGUAAACGGAUUGAAAACCACAUUUGUAAUAAAUAGUUAAUAAAUUUAUUAUUUAAUUUCGGAAA